ACCUGCUGCUCCGGGUCCUGCCUCCCAGCUGCGUCCACCAUGUCCGUCUGCUCCAGUGACGUGAGCUAUGGCAGCCGGGUCUGCCUGCCCAGUGCCUGCUCCAGACCCUCCUGGCAGGUGGACGACUGUCCUGAGAGCUGCUGCGAGUCCCCCUGCUGCACCCUCACCUGCUGUGCCCCCACAUGCUGUGCCCCCACCUGUUGUACCCCAGCCCCCUGCCUGGCUCUCAUCUGCACCCCAGUGAGCUGUGGGCCCAGCCCCUGCCAAUCAGUCUGCACCAGCUCCUGUGAGCCCUGCUGCCAGCAGUCUAGCUGCCAGCCUGCUUGCUGCACAUCCUCCGCCUGCACGUCCUGCUAUGUGCCCAUCUGCUGCAAGCCCGUCUGCUCUGUGCCCACCUGUUGUGGGGUCUCCCCCUGCCAGGACACUUCCUGCUGCCAACAGUCUAGCUGCCAUCCUGCUUGCUGCACGUCCUCCCCCUGCACGUCCUGCUGUGUGCCCAUCUGCUGCAAGCCUGUCUGCUGCAGACCCUCCUCCUGCGUGUCCCUCCUCUGCCGCCCCGUGUGCAAGCCCGCCUGCUGUGUCCCCACCUCCUCCAGCUGUGCCCCCACCUCCUCCUGCCAGCCCAGCUGCUGCUGCCCGGCCUCCUGCGUGUCCCUCCUCUGCCGGCCCGCGUGCCCCCGCCUGGCCUGCUGUGGCCCCUCCCUGGCCCGGACGUCCUGCUGCUGA